GUGCAACCCAGACGAGUGGUGAGCAGACACAGAGGAGAGAAUCUAUCAAAACCAAGCUGGACUCCCUCAAAUAACCAUCACGAUGAAGGUAGCAGAUGAGCCUGCCUACCUUACUGUGGGGACGGAUGUAAGCGCUAAAUACCGUGGUGCCUUUUGUGAGGCAAAAAUCAAGACUGUUAAACGCAUGGUAAAAGUAAAGGUGGUUCUCAAAGGAGACAGUAGCUCACAAGUUGUGCAAGAUGACCAGGUCAAAGGACCACUGAGGGUUGGCUCUACAGUGGAAGUGAAGAGUGCAGAGGGGGUGAUUAGCGAAGCCAUCAUCAGUAAACUCACUGAUGCUAGCUGGUACACUGUGGUGUUUGAUGAUGGAGAUGAAAAAACGCUAAGAAGAACUUCACUCUGUCUAAAAGGGGAAAGGCAUUUUGCAGAGAGCGAGACUUUGGACCAACUGCCCUUGACCAACCCAGAGCACUUUGGCACUCCUGUCAUAGGAAAGAAGACUAACAGAGGGAGGAGGUCUUCACAGGCAGUUGUGGAGGAUGAGAAGGAGUCUUCAUCCAGUGAAGAAGAGGAGGAGGACAGACGGCGAUUAAGUGAUGAUCUCUUGGGAAAGGUUGCUUGCAUUCAGACAGGAUCAGACGAAGCAUCCUGGUAUCAUGCCCUGGUGAUCUCUCCCAGCUGCAACGAUGACAUAACCGUCAAAAAGGACCAGUGCUUAGUGCGAUCAUUUGUUGAUUCCAAAUUUCACACCGUGGCUCGAAGUGAAAUUUGUGAAGUGAGUGUGGAUACCAUCUCCAAGUCGGAGUUCUCAAACAAGAAAGGCUUUGAACAAGCGCUGCACUUCCUCCAGACCAAGCAGGUCCCUGAUGCCUGGAAAAUGGAUAUGAGUGAGAUUCUAGAAUCCUCCAGCAGUGAUGACGAGGAAGGCAAGGAAAGCGAGGAAGAGGAGAAGGAUCCAGAGCCGGAAGAACCUGAUGAUGAACCAGACCCAGAAGAGCGGGACCACUUUCUACAACAGCUCUAUAAGUUCAUGGAAGACAGAGGAACACCUAUUAACAAACCUCCUGUAUUGGGCUACAAGGACUUAAACCUCUUUAAACUCUUCAGGCUGGUGUAUCAGCAGGGGGGCUGUGACAGUAUUGAAAGUGGAUCUGUAUGGAAGCAGGUCUAUAUGGAUUUGGGAAUCCCUGUCCUGAAUUCUGCAGCUUCUUACAAUGUGAAGACAGCUUAUAAAAAGUACCUGUAUGGCUUUGAAGAGUAUUGCCGAUCAGCUCAGAUCCAGUUCAGGACUGUGCACCAUAACGAGCCUCGGCCAGCCUCUUUGUCAGUUGUAAAGAGUGCUGAACAGAAGGAGGAGGAGGAGGAGGAGCAGGAAGAAGAGGAGGAGGGUGAAGAAAAAGAGAACCAGUCUGAGCAGACUGAGGCUGAGCCUGAAGCGUGUAAGGACAAACCAGACGAAGAUGACUCUGACGCAGAGGAUGAGAAAAGCCACAGAGAUAUCUCUUCUUCCAGGGGUCGACGGCGCUGUACAGUGACUCCUUCAAGAGCAGAGGUGAAGGAGUCCGUCAAGCCAGAAAAGGUAAAGGAGGAGAAUAAGGGGGAAGAGCCACUUGUAGCAGAAGUCGUCGAAGAGGAGCAGAAGGAAAAAACAGAAGAUCAUUUUAUCAAGCGGCGCAGCCGACGUCUUGAGGAGUCUGACAAGGACUCGGAUGAAGAGGAUCAGGAGGAAGAGGACGACGACGACGAAGAGAGUGAAAAAUCCAGAUUUAAAGAAAGAGAUGAGAAGGAGGAUGAAGACGGGGAUGACGAGUCCGAGCACUCAGUUACUGGGACAAAAGUCAAAGUGAAAUACGGCAAGGGAAAAGCACAGAAAAUCUAUGAAGCCAAUAUUAAGAACACAGAGAACGAUGAUGGUGAAGUCCUCUAUCUGGUUCAUUACUAUGGGUGGAAUGUGAGAUAUGACGAGUGGGUUAAAGCAGAUAGAAUAAUAUGGCCUGUAGAUAAAGGAGGAACAAAAAGAAAACAGAAAAAGAAGGUUAAGAAUAAAGAUGAUGACGAGAAAGAGGAGGACAAACUGACCAAAGCAGGUGUAAAACGUGGCCGACCUCCGCUGAAAUCCACUCCUCCCAGCACUUCCCGCAGUGUAUCCAAAACUCCCAGCAGUGAGGGCAGAUCCAGCACAAAAAACUCACGUCUUUCAGAAACACCCACUCUGCCCAAUGGCGAGGGAACUCCUCGGCGACGAACUCGGAGAACCUCGGAGAUGUACGAUUCUGACAGGCCUUCCAAUAAUUCAGGGAACUCCUCAGACGACAGUGAGUGUGAGGAUUCUCCUGAGAAGAAGUCUAAAUGUGCGGAGAUGACUGAUCCUGCUACAGCACGAAAGCAGGAAGAGGAAGAAGAGCGACAUGAGAAAAAAGAAAAGAUGAAGGCUGCUCAAGCUAAGCUGGAAUGUCCCACCAGCCCUCAGGAGAAACCUCACAUUCCCCAGCUGAAUGUCGAAGAGAGAAAUGAAGAAUGUGAGCCGGCCACGUCGCCGGAAUCGGCAGACAAAUCUCCCAAACCUAAAUGGAAGAGGGCUCGUCCGAGGGAACCAGGGUCUGAGACUCCAGCUAUGCUCUCUCCCUCUGCGGCUAACCACGUUCAGACCGAGGAGCCUGUCGCUUCUCCUCAGCAGCUUAAGAAGCCUCAGGAGAGUGAACACACCAGCCCCGCUGUGAACAUGCCUGAGCCGACCGACUCGGACACUGACUCAGCCACUGAGGACAUCACGCCUCCAGAAAGGAGCUCCAUAGCCAAGCGCAAAGCCACUGAGCAUCGGACACCAGACAAGAAAAUUCGCCUGGAUCACAAAGACGAAGCCAAAGUUCUCGCAUCACAAAAGCAAUCAGACAUAGGGAGACUAGCAGAGGUUGCACUGGAAGCUGAAGACUCCUCUGCAAAACCAGUUCCACGAUCUGCAGCCUUAGUUCCACCAUCGGUAGAAGUUCCUACUGAUGAACCGGAGGUCAAAACCGAAAUGCCUUCUCUUACCAGAGAAAUUCAGAUAAGAGUAGAACCCCUUCCGGACCUGAGCACAAUGAAGGAGGACGCGUCAGCUGUCGCGGAGCUGAUGCCGCAGAUAGGCUUAGAGGCACUGAUGUGCCACGAGGUAGACCUAGAUGACCCAGAAGAAAAGGAAAAACCAUCAGAAGAGUUGCCAGUACUGAAAGAGGUAAAACCUCCUGCUCCCAAUACUAUUGUGACUCCUGUGCAGCCUCCGCAGCCCUCGUUCCAUCUCCCUCCCAGCUUGGCAGCCACGGUACCGGUGCCUCGGCUAUGCUCUCCUUCCUCUGCGCCCAGUCCAGACGAGUCCCACAGCACCAAAAGCGAGAGCGACGUCACCGUCGAGGCGGACAGCAUGGCGGAGUCGCAUGAGGGGCUGGGUGAGAAUUUUGACGCCAGUGCCAGCUCAAGCAACUCCAGCAUUUCCCUUCAGGAGAGAGAUGCCAAGGACAGAGGUCAGAAAAGAUUGUUGGAUGGCAACAACACCUCGCCUGCUAAGAAGCAGAAACGCAACCAGAAACGGCUAAGCACUGCAUCUGCUGCAGAAAAGAACGGCGCAGGUCACAGCAGUGACAGUGAAGACCUGCCUGGCAUGGACACCUCUAAUAAGCUGACUCCAGUAAAACACUCCAGCCUGGCCAAGGCUCAUAAACACACUCGCUGUCCUGGCAUUGCAUCCCCCAGCAGUAAAGACAUGGAGAAAGACAAGCACAAAGACAAGCAGUCCUUCCCCUCUCCACGCACACACAAAUGGACGUUCCAGCUCAAUGAGCUGGAGAACAUGUCGAGUGCUGACCGUAUUUCCUUUCUGCAAGAGAAACUUCAGGAAAUUAGGAAGUAUUACAUGUCCUUAAAAUCAGAGGUGGCUUCCAUAGACAGGAGGCGGAAGAGGUUAAAAAAGAAGGAGCGAGAAGUGUCUCACACCACAGCAUCUACGUCUUCUGGCUCAUCAGACACGGGCAUGAGUCCCUCCUCAGCCUCCCCCACCCAGAACACUGUCGCUGUGGAGUGCAGGUGAUAAGACGGCACCCCCUGCCUUCUGUCUUUCUCCCUCCACUCUGCCCACCUCUGCCUUCUCAGCAUCCUGCUGCCUCCAUGGAGACGUGCAUACUGACGAGCCAGAGCAAGCAGCCAAAAGCACUCGACUGCCCCGCCCCGUUGCCUCCUCCUUCUCCAUCAUCGUCAUCCCUGAUUCUGCCUUGUGGCCACUCCCACCUCCUGCACUUUGUAAACUGAUCCUGCCUUGCGCUCUGUCUCGCUGCCACUUUCCAGGAAAACAAACUCCGCUCGAGAGAGGUGAAUGUAAUCAGAAAAUGCUACACCCAACAACCGAUAUCCAUCCAGACAGUUCAGCGGCACUUUCCUCUCUCAACAAGGCUCAAACAGAAAGCUCCUCGUGCAGCCGGGAGCACAGACUGGUUUGGCUGCAGUAAUCAAAUGGCUAUCGAAGCAUUUCUAAAAUCUUAGAUGAAGCUCCCUGUAUAGGUAUGGUCACUUAACCAGCUGGAUAUGGUUAGGAGAAGAAAAACAAACAAACAAAAAGGUCAAUUUUGUGCGCUUGCUCCAUCAGAACUGCCAAAGUACAUGUUACAGCAGAGUGCUCUAUUUUGGAAAAGUGGGACAAAGUCAAUUGCAAAAGGGAAUGUAGUUUACUGAAAACUGCAGCUGGUGUCUUCCACGUAGGUAGUGCGUGAAGUAUGUGAGCACAGAUGAUUAUGCAAAACUCUAUUUUUGUUGUCUUUAAAAAAAAAAAAAAAAAAAACCCAAACAAAUAUGAAAGAAAAUGUUUACAGUGGAACCCAAGACAAAUGUUUUCAGUGGACUCAUUUCCUUUGCGAGUGCAUUUUGUCUUUUUAUAUGUAAUUGCAGAGUUUUAUUUUAGUAUGAAAAAUUUCGAAAGCUAUAUAUCGCAGCCGUGAAAUUAUUUAAUGAAAUAUUUCUAGGUCUAAAACUUUGUGUAAAAUAAAGGUAUUAUCUUGCAACAUGUUAAGUAUAUUUAUUCAGUCAGUGGAUGGAGUUUUCUUUUUCCAAUAUGAAAAUCUUCCACUUUCUUUUUUUGUUUUUGGUCCAUGGAAUUACAGAUAAAUGAAAAAAUGUUGUGGGAAGGUACGACUGUCAGGUCGUGAUUGGAUAACUACUGUGAGGUAAAUUGUUCCCACUCUGUUUUCCACUCUUUACUAUUUAGGCCCAAAUGAUCUCAACGUUUCUGAGACCUUUUUGGAACACUGUAACUUAGUGAGCCACUCUGUCUGUCUUCAGAUUUUCUGUUACUUGUUGAUUUGACCGGUUCAUUCUCAUGUUUCAACAAGUCAAGUUCUCAAUCAAUUGAAUAAAAUUUGCUAAAUGGAUGUGUGUUUAGCCCAGGGGUUUCUUACUAAGAUGAAUUCUUUUGUACAUAGAUCUUCCAAAACCAUGUAUUUGAAAAAUACAUUUUACACAAACUGUAAAUGGUUUAUAUUAUUUUUUAAACAAUACAUCUUUGUAUAUUACACUUUUUUCUAUGUCAAGUUGGUAGAAGAAUUAGCACACUUUACUGUACAUAAUAAACCACUGGUCAUGAACAGGAGCCUAAUCCAAGCCCUCUAGAAAAACCAACCCACUAGGAUGUUAAAACUAUUGGCAGUGAUUCCUAAAUAACGAGGACUUGCUUUAUUUACAGAUUCCUGGAUGAAGGAAUAAAGGUAUUGGGUUCCUGAGCAAAGCCAUUGUAUCUUUAUGUAAAAUAAGCAGAGCUCUUUUCAUUUCUAAUAAAGCUUUGAAAUAUGA